AUUAAUCACGGCCUCGACGCCAAAGCUGCCGGCUUUGUAAUUUUCUGCAACCGCAUUGGUUGUCACCGGAGAGUUGAGGCGGCGGUAGGGUUAGGGUUUUCGCCUCAAUUCGCGAAAACGGUGCUUCAAUUGAGUCUGACAUUUGCCUUUUCCGGCUGUAUCAGUUCAUCGAUUAAUUGGGAGUCUGAUGGAUUUGGAGACAGAAAACAGAAUAGCUGCUAUUCUUUUGAAAGAAGCAGCAGAACAGCGAAGACAAGCUGAUAGAGAAGGUAUUCAAGUUUAUCUUCAGAAGCCUAAGGUGAGAGGUCGGCCAAAUUCGCGGUUCCUCACUGCUACUGUUCUUGGGGUACAACAAGCAAAUAAAGCUGUGGAAGUGAAUGAGAUGUGGCGAGUCCGAAAAAAGGAGCUAGAGCUAAAUGAUAGGCUCAAAGGGAGAUCAAAAGAUGUUGCCAGCAGUAGCAGGAACCAUGGGGACAUUGGCAGCUCUGUUAGAAACCCUAGUAGGAUGCAUGAUGACAUUGCCAGUACUUCAUGCACAGCAAGUAAAAAGGAGACACAGAAUUGUUACUCAGGGAAAGACAAAGGUUUGAGAGAUGAAGAGGUUGAGGAAUUUCUACACUCAAGAAUCAAGCGUGGCCGAGGUUCUGUAGGUUCAAGGAUGGAUGAAACAGGACCUUACCUUGACUCCCCAGCGAAAUUUUCAUCAAGCCCUGUUGCCAAGGAACACCGAGUUGUACUUGGUCCAGAAAUACCUUCGUCUCUAAGGUCCUAUGAAUCUUCUUCUGACAAGGAGCUCCAAAGGAAGCCUACAUCACACAAAUCUUACAAAUCAACAUCAUCUGAUGAGGAAUUUCAUGAGCAUAGGCAUAAGAAGAGAAAGCAGGUUCACUCAGGUUCGGGCAAGCACUCCAAGAAGCACAAACCAAGAGAAAAAUCUAGAGAUAAGAAAAAGAAGAGGAAGGAUGAAAGAAGAAAGUAAAAGUUACCCAUAGCAGUGUUCUGUUUUACGGGUUGUUCAACCCAGUUGACUUACAAAGCGAGUAUCAAAUGAAUUGUAUGAUGAUUAUUGGCUGUACAGAUGCUAUUCCUCUUUUGCGAUAACAACAGUUGACAUACGGCGAGGAAAUGACCAGAAUGGAAUUGUUGCCUCUGUGUUUUAUCCUUUUCUGCAUUUUGAGAAGGGUCAUCUUGUGGCAUGGGAGAGCAAUUGAAUCAUAAAAUGAAAUAUGUUACAAAUC